AUGAAUUAUGCAUCAUGGAUUGAGGAGGAGAAGCUCAAGAAAACCUUCAUCGUAGCGACACUGGCCUCGACGCUCGUCGGCACUUUUACGGCGUCAAUGGGAUUAUGGGAGCGUGUCGCGGAUAGGCGCCAACAACAUCGACAAAAGGCCAAGGAUUCAAAACAAGAUGGCGAAAUAAAAGAGCUGAAGAAGCAAUUCGAAGAGGCGCAGCAGAGAGCAGAGGGGAGACAACAAGAGAUUAAUCGUUUGAGAAACGGAGGCAGUCGCGACGAGGUGGGCAACAACUUUGAGAGGGAUGGAAUGAUGAUCCAGAGGAUGUACGAUCAGGGCUUUGGCAGAAUGGGCAACCGAUUUGCGCAGGGCGAUGCCAUCGUUGAGAACCAACUCCAGGCGCAAAUCAUUUCUCUCCAGCAGACAGUCAUCAAUGUCCUCCAAGACGCCCUCUACAACGAUCGCCAACUGACCCGCGCCGAUAUGGCUAAGCUUAUAGCCGCCUCCAAUCAAGCCCGCGAUGGUUCCCUCGAUGCCCUCCAUCAAGCCCAACAUCGUCUGGGUGGCUCACAAGUAAGCGGUAGUACUCCGCGGUCCAUCUCGCCAGUUCGAUCACUCCCUCCCCACAAGCGCGCCCCUACCGCUAUCCUCGACAGCAAUCCCGAAAACCUCUUCUGCCAAUAUGCCCUCGAUCUACAAUACAUGCAAGGCAAACCCCUUGCCUCUUCCUUUGCACCAGGUGGCAGCUGCACAUGCCCCGUCUGUGGUGUCCGCUUGGACGUGACAUCAGAAGAUUUCUGGAUGAUCGGCAAACGCACGCCUAUCAUAAUCAUGGACAAAACAACUGGCUAUGAAACUGAGAUCAUGGAGACGCGUGAGUUUCGACUUGGCCAGCGUUUCGUAAUCAAAUGUCACACGCCAGACGCAGAGUAUGCUUGCACGAUAUGCAACAAGGGCAGCGAGGUAGAUGCCAUCUGCCGGACCGUCGAGAGUCUAGUAAAGCAUGUGGGCACGUACCACGAUGUGGGCGAGUUGGAGCGCGAGGCAGAUCUCAGGGAGACGAAAGUUGAGACUAAGCGGAUGAGCCUGCCAGCGCCGCGGAUACCUAGUCCACCGCGCUCGGCAACUAGGGGGGAGGUUAUUUAUAGGUGA